GAAGGAAAAACAUUUUCAAACCGAAAACACAACACAAACAUAAAACACAGCAGUAGUCGCAAACACACUUUCUGAAACUCCAACUUCAUUCUUUCUCGAUCUCUCCGCCUCUCUAUUUCUUCCUCCGCUCUCUGCUAUUAAAACGACCUCGUUUCGAUCUCGGGAGCUUUACGUCCUUCUCUCAUUGCGUCUCUGGUCUUUUCUUUCUCUCGCAAUGCUGAUCAGCAGCUGAAUUUUGCUCUUUAUUUAUUUUUAAAUUUUUAAUUUUUUUGACCUACUUUGGCUUCCGCAGCCAAAGUUUCAAGGUGGUAGAUUCUGUAAAGCAUUUGCACUUGCCAAAGGAUGAGCGCCUAUCUUGUUGGUGUCCUAGUUCCUCUUGUGUUUACACUUCUUCUUCGGAAUUCCAAGACUGCAAAAAAACGAGGGUUGCCUGCUGAUGUUGGUGGGGAACCUGGGUAUGCAAUCAGAAACAGCAGGUUUACUUCCCCUGUACAAACAGCUUGGGAAGGUAUCUCUACUCUUGCACAACUUUUUGAGCAAUCGUGCAGGCUGUACCACGAAAAGUGCUUCCUAGGAACCCGGAAGCUGAUUUCAAGAGAGAUUGAAGUCACAGAAGAUGGAAGAUCCUUUGAGAAGCUUCAUCUGGGAGAAUAUGAAUGGCUUUCUUAUGGAAAAGCAUUUGAAGCUGUAUGCAACUUUGCUUCUGGUUUAUCUCAAAUUGGGCAUGGUAGGGGAGAACGAGCAGCAAUCUUUGCUGACACUAGAGAAGAAUGGUUUAUUGCGUUGCAGGGUUGCUUUAGGCGCAAUGUUACCGUUGUCACCAUAUAUGCAUCUUUGGGUGAGGAGGCUCUCUGUCAUUCAUUAAAUGAGACAGAGGUUACAACUGUGAUUUGUGGAACCAAAGAACUGAAGAAGCUUGUGGACAUAAGUGGACAAUUAGACACGGUGAAACGCAUAAUAUGCAUGGAUGAUGAGAUCCCAUCUAAUGCUUCAUCUGUUGAGCAAAGUGUUGGCUGGAGUGUUAAAUUAUUUUCUGAUGUGGAGAGAAUUGGCCGAGAAAACCCUGUAGAUGCCGAUUUACCUCUUCCUGCUGAUAUUGCGGUCAUCAUGUAUACAAGUGGAAGUACUGGAUUACCUAAGGGUGUAAUGAUGACACAUGCUAAUGUCCUGGCUACAGUUUCUGCUGUAAUGACAAUUGUCCCGGGCCUUGGAAGCAAGGAUGUCUAUCUGGCAUACCUUCCUCUAGCUCAUAUUCUUGAACUGGCAGCAGAGCAUGUAAUUUCUGCUAUGGGAAGUGCUAUAGGAUAUGGAUCCCCUUUGACUCUUACAGAUACAUCAAACAAGAUAAAAAAAGGAACAAAGGGGGAUGCCACUACAUUGUUGCCAACUCUACUGACAGCCGUCCCUGCAAUUCUUGAUCGUGUUAGAGAUGGAGUGCUCAAGAAGGUAAAUGCAAAGGGUGGCCUAUCCAAGAGACUGUUUGACUUGGCAUAUGCCCGUAGAUUGUCUGCAGUAAAUGGUAGUUGGUUCGGCGCUUGGGGUCCAGAAACGCUUUUAUGGGAUUUUCUUGUGUUCGGAAAGGUCCGGGCAAUUCUAGGAGGUCGUAUCCGUUUUAUCCUAUCUGGAGGAGCUCCUCUUUCUGGUGAUACUCAAAAAUUCAUCAACAUUUGUCUUGGUGCUCCAAUAGGUCAAGGGUAUGGUCUAACCGAAACUUGUGCUGGUGGAACAUUUUCUGAGUUUGAUGAUACAUCUGUUGGUCGUGUUGGAGCUCCUCUCCCAUGCUCAUUUAUUAAGUUAGUUGAUUGGCCUGAAGGUGGAUAUCUAACAAGUGAUUCACCAUUGUCCCGUGGGGAAAUUGUAAUUGGUGGUCCAAAUGUUACACUUGGAUAUUUCAACAAUGAAGAAAAGACCAAAGAAUCAUACAAGGUUGACGAGAGGGGAAUGAGGUGGUUCUAUACAGGGGACAUAGGGCAGUUUCAUCCUGAUGGUUGCCUUGAGAUAAUUGACCGGAAAAAGGACAUAGUCAAACUUCAACAUGGUGAAUAUGUCUCCUUGGGAAAGGUUGAGGCUGUUCUCUCUGCAAGCCCUUAUGUUGACAAUAUUAUGUUGCAUGCCGAUCCUUUUCGUAAUUACUGUGUCGCUCUUGUGGUGGCUUCUCAAAGCACAUUAGAAGAUUGGGCUUCAAAGCAAGGAAUUGCUUUUACUGAUUUUGCUGACCUUUGUGAGAAAAAGGAAACCAUUAAGGAAGUGCAGGCAUCACUUGUAAAGGAGGCAAAGAAAGGUCGUCUAGAGAAAUUCGAGAUCCCUGCAAAAAUCAAAUUGCUUUCUAAUCCAUGGACUCCUGAAACUGGUCUAGUCACUGCGGCUCUUAAGAUCAAGAGAGAAGUGAUUAGGAAGGCUUUCUCGGAAGACCUCUCUAAGUUAUAUGCUUAGUGAUUUUGGGUAAAACCAGAGCUCGUUGAUUAUUGUGCAAAGAAUCUUGCCUGGCUGAUGAAAUGCACGAUAGUGCUUUUGUUUUGCAGAUUUCUUUACUCUAGUUGUAUUCUUUUAGUCCUCUGUAUUAAAUAUAGAUAAAUUUUCUUGCAGCCAAGAGCUUUAUCACUAGGGAAAAGUCAGAAAGACAAGUUUUGAAUGUGUAGUUUUCACUCAUUAAAUACUCAAAGCAGGAUGGUUAACUUUCACAUCUUCCUCA